AUGGCCGAAAAAUCAAUUCAUCAUCUUCCACUCCUUACGAAAGUCAACUUCCAGAACUGGAAGAACAUAAUGUUUUCGUAUUGUCUCGAAAGGAAUCUCGACGAUCAUCUUCUUUCCGAUUUGGUCAAAGAAGAGAAAGACGCUGUUGCUAAAAUCUCACUUCAAGAUAAGAAGGCAGCUGCAGCCGGGAUCCUUGGACGUAACUUGGGUGUUGAAAAUUACGCUAAGUUCAUUACUGAAGAUAAUCGAAAGCAACCUCAUCUUAUUUGGAGCGCUCUCAUCGAUCAUUUUCAAUCUGACACUUCACAAAAUCAUGCGGUUGUGUAUCGCGAUUUCUUAAGUAUCAAAUACACUUCAUCUCUUGAGCAAUUCAUUACGGACGUUGAUGUCGGCAUCUCUAAUCUUCGUUCUGUCGGAAUCAAAAUCGUCAAGAUGGAAAAGGCUACAAUUGACGAAACUCUUCUAGCUGAAUACAUAGUCAAUCUUUUACCUCAAAAGUUUGAGAAUUCAAAGGAAAUCAUCACGACCAAAAGACCAUUAGACAUUGACAUGGUCAGAUCUUAUUUGAACUCGAAGCAGCUCAGCACUGCUGGAAUUCCGGCAAAUUCUGUCGCCGUCGAUCCGGUCAAGGCAAUCUGGUUCGAAAAAGAAGGCUAA